CAUUCAUUGGCUGUUUUCUAAGCCGUUUAAUGUAUGUGCAUUUUUGACAGAUGUAUUUUGUUUUGAGUCACAGUGACACAGCAACAACUGACUAGCAUGUUAGCUAAGAACUUCCUACGGUCGUGACUUGGGAAUUUGCCUCAAUUAUUAGAUAUUCGUUCUAAUUAAGCUUACCUACUAUAUGCCUUUUUAUUUUGCCCAAUUUAUGGCAUUUCGGACUAUUUGCCGAACCAUAACGAGAUAGCUAGCUAGAUAACACUAGCUAGUCGGAUAGUUAGCUAGAUAACACUAGCUAGCUAGUUCGUACACAUUGAAGACAACAGAGCACUCAAAAACCUAAUUUUACACCAUCAAGCUGAAUUAUGGACCCAAAUAACACCUCGUACCCUGUGAAACUGUACGUUUACGACAUAUCUAAAGGAAUGGCUCGCCAGCUGAGCCCCCUCAUGCUAGGUAAGUUGCUAACGCGUUAGCUAGCUAACUAGCUAAGCCUGCAAUAUGUUGUUUUACCCGCGGAUAGUGACGCGAGAGCUCGGAAAGAUGAGCAGAGGCCGAUUAUGCAUUUUAGGCCUAUGCGCUGAACUUAGAAUCACCCUUUUCUAUAUCUUAUGUACGCCUAGCCAGCUACAAAAUGUACAUUUAAUGUAUAUAUAAACUAUUCUGUUCUAUUCACAGGUAAACAGCUUGAUGGAAUAUGGUGAGUAAAUUAUGUAUUCUUUGAAUGAUUUAAAUCAUUAUUUUAGUGAGGACAAAGGUCAAGUUAUGUAUGUGAAAUAAACUGUAGCCCUUUUCCUCUCACUUAGGCACACUGCUAUUGUUGUCCAUGGAGAGGAGUUUUUCUAUGGGGGAGAGGGCAUCACAAACUGCCCACCUGUAAGACAACGUUUUAUUCUAUUCCUUCCUACCAUAAACUAGACCUGUAAAUCUAUGUUUGUUUUUGGUCUACAAAAGUCUAAGUUAGUUACCCCAAGCAUAGGUCUUGUGAGUUGUGAUGCACAACGAAUCCUGGGGCUGCAUAUGGGCCAUUGGAGGACAAUUGAGCAAGCAGGUGGCAGGUAGCCUAGUGGUUAAGAGCAUUGGGCCAAUAACCGAUAGGUUGCUGUUUCGAAUCUCAGAGCCAGCAAGGUGGAAGAAUGUGCCGUUCUGCAAGGCAGUUAAGCAGUUAAACCCAGAACAACACCUGCUCCCCAAGGCAGUUAAACCCCAAACAACACCUGUUCCCCAAGGCAGUUAAACCCCAAACAACACCUGCUCCCCAAGGCAGUUAAACCCUGAACAACACCUGCUCCCCAAGGCAGUUAAACCCCGAACAACACCUGCUCCCCAAGGCAGUUAAACCCCGAACAACACCUGCUCCCCAAGGCAGUUAAACCCCGAACAACACCUGCUCCCCAAGGAAGUUAAACCCCGAACAACACCUGCUCCCCAGGGUUGAAUGCAUUCAGUUGGACAACUGACUGAGCAUCCCCUUUCUCUUACAAGCUGUUUGUAUUUGUUGUGUGUUUUAGGGCGGGACGUCCCUAGGACAACCAAACUCCAUAAUAGACCUGGGCACGACAGAGGUGACUGAGGAGAUCUUUAUGGAGUACCUGUCUUCACUGGGAGAGUCCACGUACAGGUGAGGCUGUGGUACAUGAUGGAUCUCAACCUGGUGUAUCUCAACUCCACAGAAAUUAGUGUGAUGUGCAGUCUCGCUCUCGCUCUCUCGCUCCCCUCUAUCUUUACUCUGUUCCUAUCUUUGCCUCAUACCUUCAUACAACCCCUCCUCUCUUUCGCUCUCUCUGACCCCCCGCCGCUUAUCUGCAGGGGGAACCAAUACCAUCUGUUUGAGUGGAACUGUAACACGUUCAGUAACGAAGUGGCCCAGUUCCUCACCGGCAGCAAGAUCCCCGGCCACAUCACAGACCUGCCAGCUGAAGUGCUCUCCACGUGAGUUACCCCUCUCUCCCCUCCCCUGUCUCUAUAAAAAUAAAAAUAAAAAAACAAGAACCUGUUGUCAGACGUGUGGAGUGUAGUACGGGGCAUAGCACAGCAAUAGUGCUGCAGUCUUCCAAGCACAUAUUGUCCAUGAGUGACAUGGGUAAGAAUUCCACCCACAACACUCUCUCCUCUACCUGUAACCCUAAAUAGACUUUCAAUACUGUCUGAAUAAAGAUAAAAACACGGAAGGAGGACAAGUCUCCGUUCACAUGUAGAGUGUAGACACUAUAAUGUUAUAAAUUAUGAUAAUAUUUAUGAUAUAAAUCAGGACAGCUUGUUCAAAGCACAAGUCGCUGUGUAUGGCGUUCAUCACGUUACUCCCCCAUGAUCUGAUUCUAAUUUGUGUGGUGUUCCACUCUCUGUCACCCACAGGCCUUUCGGCCAGGCGCUACGCCCUCUUCUGGACUCCAUCAAUAUCGCACCUCAGGGGGGAAACUCCUUCAACGGACACUAUGGCCAGAGAUAGACCAGAGAUAGACCGAUAACACAGGUGCACAGAGUAAUAUACUAUACCAUCAGUGUGUGUGAGGGGUGGGAGAUCUGCAGCUCUGGACCUUUUUGAGUCCCUUAGGCUGCGUUUACACAGGCAGCCCAAUUCUGAUAUUCUUUUCACUAAUUGGUCUUUUGACCAAUCAGAUCAGCUCUGAAAAAGAUCUGAUGUGAUUUGGUCAAAAUACCAAUUAGUGACAAAAAGAUCAGAAAUGGGCUGCCUGAUCCAGGCAGCAACCUAACCCUACCUGACACCAGCCCAGCCUGGCACACCCCAUCCCCAGCCUGGCUACACCCCAUCCCCAGCCUGGCACACCCCCUCCCCAGCCUGGCACACCCCAUUCCCAGCCUGGCACACCCCAUCCCCAGCCUGGCACACCCCAUCUCCAGCCUGGCACACCCCCUCCCCAGCCUGGCACACCCAUUCCCAGCCUGGCACACCCACUCCCCAGCCUGGCACACCCCAUUCCCCAGCCUGGCACACCCCAUCCCCAGCCUGGCACACCCCAUCCCCAGCCUGGCACACCCCAUCCCCAGCCUGGCACACCCCCUCCCCAGCCUGGCACACCCCAUCCCCAGCCUGGCACACCCCCUCCCAGCCUGGCACACCCCAGCCCCAGCCUGGCACACCCCAGCCCCAGCCUGGCACACCCCAGCCCCAGCCUGGCACACCCCAGCCCCAGCCUGGCACACCCCAGCCCCAGCCUGGCACACCCCAUCCCCAGCCUGGCACACCCCAGCCCCAGCCUGGCACACCCCAGCCCCAGCCUGGCACACCCCAGCCCCAGCCUGGCACACCCCAGCCCCAGCCUUAACUUGAGUCUACCUAAGUCUCCCCUUUUUCACUAUAAACUUGGCCUGAUCCGUGCC